AUGGAUUUCAUCAAGUCAUCGUCCACUUCUUUAUCAGCUAAUAAGAGCACAAAACCAAGAAAGAACACUGACAGUACUAAAAGUGGCAAACAAAAAGCAGAGGAAGAUCAGAGCAGUUUUCGAUAUUUGGGAGUAAGGCGAAGGCCAUGGGGUCGAUAUGCAGCAGAGAUAAGAGAUCCCACUACAAAAGAAAGGCAUUGGCUAGGGACUUUUGACACUGCAGAAGAAGCUGCAUUGGCCUAUGACAGAGCUGCACGUUCCAUGCGGGCUAACAACAAAUCUAACAAACCAACUCGGACCAACUUUGUCUACUCUGACAUGCCACAUGGCUAUUCGGUCACUUGUAUAGUCUCCCCUGACGAGGAAUAUCAACAUCAUCAGCAGCAGCAGCAGCAACAACAACAAUUACUGGUCUUCGGUCAGGCCGAAAAUGCUCCUAUUCCUAAUGUCAAUUUCGCCGACUUUAGUCACUUCUCCGUCAACAGCAUGAGUGGUGGUGGAGAUUUUGCAUUACCACAAUACUACAACUCCAACUACGACGUGCAUAUGGAAGACAAUUACAGCAGUACUACAACAUCAACAGAAUUGCCUCCAUUGCCGGAGGACAUAACAAGCGGGGGUAACUGCUACUACUUCAAUGAAGAAGUUGAUCAAGGUACUCAAAUGGGAUAUAGCAGCAGCAGCAAUAGCCUUUUGAAUGAAAUGAUAGUGCCAAUGGCUACUUUUGGUACUAACAAUGAAUGUCAAUAUGGCAUGACAUGUGGAGAAGUUGGAGGAGGAGGAAGUAGUACACUCACUGCGACAAAUAGUACAACAACAACAGCUGGGAGUUUUAACUUUUUCGGUUUUGAUGAUUGUUUACAGCCACUGCCAUGCAGCAACAGUAACAUGCAAGAUGAAUCCAACAACACUACUACUAUGGGUUAUUGGUUCUCAUAA